GCUAAAAAUUUUGAAUCCUCCUUGAAAACACAAAUUGCAAAUGCAAGCAAAAACUAAAGUUACAAAAAAAAAAGAGAAAAGAGGUUGAAGUUAUUAUAAAAAGGAAUUCUCAAACAUAGUACUACACCAAUCUAGGAAGCUCUCUUGUCAAAAAAAAAAACACCCUCCUAUAGGAAGCCAUUAGUAAUCAUAACCAUAAGCAAUAUGUCUGAUGAAGUUGUUCAUGUUGCCAUGUUCCCAAGUGCUGGAAUGGGUCAUCUCACACCAUUCCUAAGACUAGCAUCAUUGUUUCUCAACAACAAUUGCAAAGUCACUCUCAUCACUCCUCUUCCCACUGUUUCUCUUGCAGAAUCACAACUCCUUGAUCACUUUCACUCUUGUUUCCCUCAAGUUAACCGUGUCCCAUUUAACCUUCCACCUCCACCACCUUCUUCUUCCAUCUCCGUUGACCCUUUUUUCCUUCGAGUCCAAACCCUUCGCAACUCCACCCACCUUCUUCCUUCAUUGAUCUCUUCACUUUCACCACCCAUCACUGUUUUUAUCUCUGACAUACUUCUUUUUUCCCCUCUCAAUAAAAUCACUCAAAAACUUUCUCUCCCUAAUUACAUCUUGAACACUUCUUCUUCUGCUAUGUUCUCCUUAUUCUCUCAUUUCCCUACUCUUGCUCAAUCCUUAUCCUCACAAGAACAAGAAUAUGAUGCUUCUGAUGGGGUUCUAGUUCCAGGCAUUCCAUUUUCACCUUUACCAUAUUCAUCUAUCCCACCAUUUCUUCUCCAACCUACUUCUAUAUUGAGAAACCUUGCGAUGGAAGAUAGUCCUAAGCUCGUUUACUUACACGGUGUUUUUGCCAACACUUUUGAAGCACUUGAGUCUCAUUCACUAGAGGCUCUUAAUAGUGGAAAAGUUGUCAAAAAUAUGCCUCCUGUUUAUGCAGUUGGUCCUUUUGUUCCUUUUGAGUUUGAAAAAGGUCAAAAGGAAGCGUCAUCACCACGGUCGAUCAAGUGGCUUGAUGAUCAACCUAUUGGUUCUGUGGUGUAUGUUUGCUUUGGAAGCAGGACUACACUUGGAAGGGAACAAAUGAAAGAGAUUGGUGAUGGAUUGAUGAGGAGUGGAUACAAAUUUUUGUGGGUGGUGAAGGAUAAGAUUGUUGACAAAGAAGAAGAAGUGGGGUUAGAUGAGGUUUUAGGGGUUGAGUUGGUGGAGAAAAUGAAGGAUAGAGGGUUGGUGGUUAAAGAAUGGGUGGAUCAAAGUGAGAUUUUGAGUCAUAAAAGUGUUGGAGGGUUUGUGAGUCAUUGUGGAUGGAACUCAAUUACAGAAGCAGCUUUGAAUGGUGUACCAAUUUUGGGUUGGCCACAACAUGGAGAUCAGAAGAUAAAUGCAAAGUUGGUGGAGAUUAGUGGAUGGGGGGUGUGGAACAAGAGUUGGGGUUGGGGUGGUGAACUUGUUGUGAAAGGGGGUGAAAUUGGAGAUGCUAUAAAAGAGAUGAUGAAGAAUGAAUUGUUUAAAGUUAAAGCAAUAGAGCUUAAAGAGGAAGGAAGGAAGGCUAUAAGUGUUGGUGGAGAUUGUGAGGUUACCAUUCAGAAGCUAAUUCAAAAGUGGAAAAAUAAUGUCAACAAUAUUUGAGGUGUUGUAUUUUUUGUUCAAAACAUUGAGAGUGGGUUUUUGUUUUUAUUUUCAUCUUUUUUGAUAUGCAGAUUCUAGGAAUUAAACAUUGGUUAUUCCAUUAGCUUUGAUCAAAAUAAUGGUGAUGAUCCUUUGUGUACUGUUUUUCUCAUUAUUCUUCCCAUGUAUAUAGAGCUCAACCAAUUAGCAUGUCGAACAUUGUUAUUUCCUAAAAUAACUAACUGGUACUCUAUGCAUAAUUGCAUAUCGAUCUGGUUGAAGAUGAAUACACACUUGUAGUGUUUUUUCUAA